AUGACCAUCGCGCCAGCGGAUAAUCGCCGUGGGAAUGCACUCCACCGCUAUUAUAUCCCGCAUCAUGCUGUCGUACGAGACAGCAGUGCCACGACGCGCUUACGCGUCGUUUUCAACGCGUCGUGUCGAACCUCGGACGGCACAUCCUUGAACGAUCACUUGAUGGUCGGGCCUAAGCUCCAGCUCGAUCUCGCCACGGUGCUAAUGCGAUGGCGUCAACAUCGCUAUGUCUACACUGCCGACAUCGCAAAGAUGUAUCGGCAAAUUCUAGUUGACCAACGCGAUGUUGACUACCAGAGGAUUCUGUGGCGAGAGUCUCCGGAACAACCAGUCGAGGAGUAUCAACUACUCACAGUUACCUACGGCACCGCUUCCGCUCCUUACCUCGCUCUCCGUGUUUUGCGACAGUUAGCGCAAGAUGAAGGCGCCUCAUUUCCGCUCGCGGUUCCGGUUCUCCUUUCGCAACUUUACGUCGACGACAGCGUGUUCGGCGCCGACGAUAAAAUUCUCGCGCGCCAGACUCGCGACCAACUUGUCGCUUUAUUAGAAAAGGGCGGUUUUCGCUUGAGAAAAUGGGCAAGCAAUUGCGCAGAUCUUCUAUCGGAUAUUGAUCCGUCCGAUCACGGUCUUGCCUGCUCAAAGGAGCUAUAUGAUGAUGAGCGAUUGAGCGUGCUAGGUCUCACGUGGGACCCGUGUCGCGAUGUCUUUCGGGUUAAAGUUUCUCUCCCGACACAUAUUUCGAAAACGAAACGCGAGAUCUUAUCGACCAUCGCCAAACUAUUUGAUCCGCUCGGUUGGAUCACCCCCGUCGUGAUUACCGCAAAAAUAUUUCUGCAAACAUUGUGGCAAUUAAAAUGCGAUUGGGACGACGACAUUCCCGGCGAUUACGCAACCGACUGGGAACGCUAUUAUUCGCACUUAUCGUGCCUUCAUCAACUCGAAAUCGCGCGCUGGACGCGAUCCGGCUCUCAUACCUUGAAAACGGAGUUACACGGUUUCUCAGACGCCUCUACGAAAGCCUAUGCGGCGGUAGUCUACCUCCGUAACAUUAACAUCGACGGAUCGGUCGACGUUUUCUUGCUCGCCGCGAAGUCCAAGGUCGCCCCUCUCAAAACAUUAAGCGUUCCGCGUCUCGAGUUAGCCGCUGCACAUCUUCUUUCGCGCCUCGUGCAGUUCGUUCGAACGACGCUUCAACUGCCGAACAUCGAAAUACAUUGUUGGACGGAUUCCACCAUAACGCUAGCCUGGCUAAGUAAAUCGCCGUCUUGCUGGCGAACGUUCGUAGCAAAUCGCGUCGCGGCCAUUCAAACGACCUUACCGGACAUACCGUGGCGCCAUGUUCCGACUUACGACAACGCCGCCGAUGCCGCGUCCCGUGGUCUUGCUCCGGAGGAACUAGCUCCACAUCCGUUAUGGUGGCACGGACCCCCGUGGCUGUCUUUGCCUCCAACCUCUUGGCCGAACGGCAAUCUCAUACAAGAUGAGAUCACAUCCACCGAUCUUUUGGAGAAACGAAACGUACACGUCACGGAUUCUCCGGCGCCUCCGGAAUUAUGGGAUCUCGCUUUUCGCUUCUCAUCAUGGCCGAAAUUGCUUCGCGUGACCUCGUAUCUAAUUCGAUUCGGGAAUCUCGCGCGACGGCAAAAUCAAUCACUCGAACGCAGUUCGCGCGUCGACGAAAUCGCCGCAGCCAAAGCGUACUGGCUCCGCUGUAUACAGGCAGCUAUGUUUCCCGCUGAAUUAGUCUGUCUCGCUGCGAAGAGAUCCGUGUCCAAAUCCAGUCCGCUUUCAUCUCUCAAUCCUUCGCUGAGCGACGACGGACUCAUCCGCGUCCGCGGACGUCUACGUCACGCUCGCCUGCCAGAUUCGACGAAGUACCCGAUCGUCCUUCGGUCGCAUCCUCUCCUUUCCCUCAUCAUCGAUCAUCACCAUCAUCGCAUGCUACACGGCGGUUCACAACUCACUCUCGCAUCCUUACGUUCCGAAUUCUGGAUUCUUCGCGCUCGCACUUGUACCCGCGCAGUCCUUCACAAUGUGUGCGAUGUGCCCGCGAGGCUGCGACCAUUCCAAAUGAACUCAUGGGAGAUCUUCCGUCGGUUCGCGUAA